UUUACGCGCCCACCAUCGGCAGAGGAGGCUAUAAUAGCGAGAUAUAAUAAAGUUUCAGUCACGGGAGUUUGACGGGCGCGCGCACAAAUGAAUGAGGGGCAUGGUCUGCUUCCUCGCGUCGGAGGCGCUAAUUCCUGUGUACGCACAUAGAGCGCACAAUGGGAUCACAGAUCGGAGGUCGCGGCUGAGUCACAGCUGCUGACGAUCGUGUCGCCGGCUUUUGCCUACGUUGUAACUUUCUUUGCCGCAGGGUGGAACAGGCGUCACGCCGCAGCAAUGAUGGGGUUGUAAAUCACUUUCUAAUGAGGACCUCGGCCGAGUAAUAUAUCGAGGUCGCUGCGCUGCGCGUCAACUGGCCGCCCUGAUGGAAGGCACGGAAGACGCGGCCUCCAUAGACUUCGGCGACGUCGAAGCCGGCGUCGUGAGGAAGCCCAUCAGGCAUCGGAUGGCGGCGUUCUUCCACCUGGCCUUCCGGACGACGGCGCUGCUGACGUACCUGUUGUGCCGCUUCUUCACGGACAGUUUUGUGUCGAGCUUUGUGUCCAUCUUGCUGUUACUCUGCAUGGACUUCUGGACCGUCAAGAACGUCACAGGCCGCCUCCUGGUCGGCCUCCGCUGGUGGAACUACAUCGACGAUGCCGGGAAGAGCCACUGGGUCUUUGAGAGUCGCAAGUCGGGAGAGCAGACGACAGACAGCUCGGAGGCAGGCCUCUUCUGGAUGGGGCUUAUUGGGGCACCUGCCCUCUGGACCCUCUUUUUCUUUGUGUCCCUGUUCAGCUGGAACUUCCAGUGGCUGAUGGUGACCAUGAUAGCCCUGGCCCUGAACGGGGCCAACCUGUACGGCUACAUUCGCUGUCGGCUGGGUCGGAAGGGCUCCAUGAGGGCAGCCGCAUCCAACUUCUUUGGACAGCAACUCCUCCGCGGGAUGUUCAACAAAGCGGCGGCGCCCCCCGCAAGAGAAAGUGGAACGACCCAGCUUCAGCCGUGACGAGGUGCCCGGCCACUCGCUCCUGUCCAGUGUACAUAGACUGCCUCCCCUUCCAUAAAGCCAUUGUGACACA